UAAGCGAAAAGUGACAGAUUGUUCGAUUAAAACUUACAAUUUUUAAAGUUGAGUUUUUACCUUAUUAACCACAGCCGUUUUAAAUCUUUACUUAUAAUAUGAACGCUGAACCAAAUUAUAGUGAUAAAUUGAAACAAACAAUCCAGCUUCUUGACAAAGUCUUUGCGAGAUAUACACAAAACGAAAUAUUCAUUUCUUUUAAUGGAGGUAAAGAUUGUACUGUGCUACUAGAUAUAGUAAUGGCACGGUUUCAGAAAGUCAAACAAGAGGAUUGUAACGUGCGCUGCAUUUAUAUACAACCGUCGAAGCCAUUCGAAGAAAUUGAUGUUUUUGUUGAAAAGUGUAUGCAUCACUACGGCAUUAAUAUUCAGGUUAUUAAAGGCACUGUCAAAUCUGUAUUACAUCAACUCUGCAAGGAAACCCCAAAUAUAAAAGCAUGUCUUAUGGGCACCCGCAAUACCGAUCCACAUUGUGAGAAUCUACAGUCAAUGCAGCUGCUAGAAUUAUAGUUAAGUCACAGACAAACUGACAUAACUCUUGGAAGAAAAAUCAACAAAAACUAUCGUACCUCACAUUUAACUUGAACACUAGCACCACAGACAUAACUCUUAUAAGAAAAAUCAACAAAAAUUAUCGUACCUCACAUUUAGCCUGAACACUAGCACCAUCUAUGAUCGACAUUCCCAAAUAUCAAAUAGCAACAUGGGUAUCCAUCGAAAUAGCAAGUAUUUUUUAUGGGGAAUUCCACUUCUUUCGUCAAAAAGCGCCACUUUGACCAAAACGGAGACAUUCCCAACUAAACCCAAAUUUGAAAUGACGGUUUAAUCGGUACGAAGAAUGGAAAACGAGUGUUAUGUCUGUUUGUCUGUGCCAGCACCAUCUAUGAUCGACAUUCCCAAAUAGCAACAUGGGUAUUCCUAGUAGAAUCAAUAUAUAUAGAAUGCCAGUGUCGCUGUUUUUCUAUAGGACUCAUGUGGUAAACAUGAUGCUAACAAUCUGUAUCAAGUCUGUGAAUCGGGAACCUCAUUGUCAAAGUUGCUCAUUGUUAUUUAUCUGUUCUUUAUCUGUGCGCU